UUUUUAUCUUCAAUAACAAAAGAGUUGAAUCCACGUGUUUUGUAAUGAAAUGACAUUUGUGUUGCGGAUCGUUGUCAACAGCAGGUUCUUCCUUCGAAUUAAUCGUCUUAAAAUACCGCACAAGAUAACAUUAAACUGCCAGAAAAAUUUGUGUUCGCAGACGUUAUCAUCUUCGGAGAUGUCAUCAACCAAAAAAGGAAACUUAUCCAAAAUAGUAGCCUUGUUAAAUGAAUUUAUGCCGCCGUCUCUUGCAGAGAGUUGGGAUAAUGUUGGGUUAUUAGUUGAACCAACUAAACCACACCAUGUCUCUAAAAUACUGCUCACCAACGAUCUUACUCCUGAAGUAUUGAACGAAGCUAUCGACUUAAAGGCUAAUUUUAUUUUGUCCUAUCAUCCUCCCAUUUUCAGCCCUUUAAAACGACUCUGCCAGAGUUCCUGGAAGCAGAAAUUAAUCGUCCGAGCUAUUGAAAAUCGAAUUGCCAUCUACUCCCCCCACACUAGUUGCGAUGCUUUAAAGAAUGGUGUUAAUGAUUGGUUCCUCAGUGCAUUUGAAAAUGCUUCCACUUCUCCUCUGUCUACCAAAGAAAAUCCUGCCUUCUCGUUCAGUCACAGUGUUAAAGUGACCGUUGAUGUUGCAAAUCAUAGCAGCUUUUUGGAAAAUUUGAAGAAACUCAGUGGAGUUCAGAUUCUAAAUGAUUCAGCCAGAGAAGACACUUUCUUUGUUUCAUUCUUGUGUAAGAAAUCUUCUUUACAAACCAUUGCCCAGAUUUUGAAGUCUCAUUCUAUACAAGACCCUGUUUUCACUGAAGUUGCUAAGCCUCCAAUGCCAGAUACCGGAAUCGGUAGAAUUGCUAAACUCCAGACUAGUAUUACUUUGACAGAAGCUAUUGAAAUUAUCAAGAAACACCUCAAAUUGCCUCAUCUUCGAGUAGCCACAGCACACGGCCCAGGAUUCUCUUUCACCGAUAAAACCAUAAAGACAGUUGCUGUGUGUGCUGGUUCCGGCUCCACUGUCCUCCGGGGUGUCAGUGCUGACCUCUAUGUCUCCGGGGAGAUGUCACAUCAUGAUGUACUGGAUGCAAUCCAUAAUGGAUCCUCGGUGCUACUCUGUGAGCACAGCAACACAGAAAGGGGUUACCUGUCGCAGUUGAAAAUCUCGUUGGAAAACCUACUGAGCGAACUUACAGUUGAAGUUUGUGUUUCAAACAUCGAUGCUGACCCACUUAAAAUUAAUUAAUUAAUUAAUUAAAUUAACAUGAUUGGAAUUUACGGAUCUCAAUGUCGUCAAUGAAAUUUCCAAAUAUAUUUGAAAUUGAAAAUUUUUA